AUGAUGUAUCUCCAUCUCCAGAAGUCUUAUGUCCAGCUCCAGAUGGCUUAUCUUCAUUUUAUGAUGACUUAUCUUGAUCUUCAGAUGAACUACUUCCAUCUUUUGAUGAAUCAUCUCCCAAUCUCAGACAAUUUAGAGCCUUUGCAGAGUAUUUGCUCAAGUUGA